AUGCUUUCUAGCUGGGUUAGAUGCCUUGGGGCUCUGCUCCUCCUGGCCUCCGUCGCUCAGGCGCAAUUCCAGUUCUUCGAGCACAUGUUUGGUGGUCAUCAAGAACACCAUCAACAGAACACACAAAAUUCUGCCAGCGAUAGUGGAAGAUACCAACAGCUAUGGGAAGGAACCAACUGCAACAAAUACCUCUGUCCGGGGACCCUCGCAUGCGUUGACUUUCCUCAUCAUUGUCCAUGUGCGCAUCCAAGUGUCGAAGAUAAAGUUGAAUUGGGCGAAGGAAGUGCUGUCUGCAUCUCGAAAGGAGGCUACAAGCCUGGGGAGGCGGCGCGGAAGAUUGAGUUGGCUCGGAAAGGUUUAUUGUAA